UGUACCCAAAAUCUAGUAAACGAAAACGUAAGGAUAAGUGGAACCUCGUAAGCUUCGAAACACCGUCUCCAACUGCUAGAACUAUUGACAGACAAAAAAAACUCAACAAGAAGACUCCGAGCCAAGCUGUCAAGACACCUACUAAAAAUUUGCCACCCAGCGCCUCUGCUCCAUCCAUUGGCCCACCAUCUUUUGAAAUGACCGCUUCUAAUCCCACAUCUUAUGAAUCGCUUAUCGUUAACACAAAUAUUGCAAAUGAUCAAAAUCGAAGUCCUGAUGUAAACAAUAUUUCAGAUAAUGAUCCCAACAUUGAUAAUAAUAACAAUUUUGAUAUUUCGGUUUCAACUUUUAUGCAAAAUGAUAUUACAUCUUUUCAAGAAAUCAUCCGGCACUUAAAUAGAACCGAGUCUUCGGAUCCUUUGAAUAGAGAUUUGAAUAACGAACCAAGUUUCAAAUAUGAUAACAGUGCACGCGAUGCACAAGCACGCGUAAAUUCAUUUACAACACUUUACAUACCUCCGAACAUUUUGAACGUGAAUAAUAACGGCCCUGCCUCGAAUAAUAUGAUUCAUUAUUAUACUCCUCUCAUUCGUAAUGUUGAUUUUACGGAAUUGGAUUCUACCGGAUAUUCCUUGGAUAAAGAUUAG